UCAACAUUUGCACAACACAAAAAGAAAAACCCUCUUCAAAGGCCAAAGCAUUGCACUAAACCCAUGGCUACCCUUUCCACCUUCCUCCUCCUCUGCUCUGCCCUCAUGCUUCUUUCAUCCACACACAUUCAGGCCGCCGUUAGCAUUGAAACAGCAGUAGCGUCGUCAAAGAUGUAUGGCGGCACCCAGGGCAGCCUCCGUCCGGAAGAAUGCGGGGGGCGGUGCACGGUGCGGUGCUCGGCAACGUCGUUCAAGAAGCCGUGUAUGGUAUUCUGCAGAAAGUGCUGUGCGAAGUGCUUGUGCGUUCCUCCCGGCACCUAUGGGAAUAAGCAGAUGUGCCCUUGCUAUAACAAUUGGAAGACCAAGCGCGGUGGCCCGAAAUGCCCCUAGUUCAUUUAUUUCUCCCUUUUAAAUGCUUUCCUGGGCAACAACCUCUUAUUUCGACUCAAAUGAUGGUGUUUAUGUUGAUUAAUGUAAGUUUAUUUCGACACGAGUUUAGACAAGUAUUAAUGAAAUUUAAACUUAAUAUUAUUAAAAUUA